CCGGCGCCGACACCGCUGCAUCGCAUUCCCUCCCCGCGCCCGGGGCUGCGUCCGAGAGGCGCGAGUUGCGUCGCAGUCUCCUGCUGGCCGCGGCGGUGGCAGGCGGCGUCGCGUGAGAGAGUCGGCUGGACCGCGGCGCGGAGACAGCCGCGCGGCUGGGGAGCGGCGGAGCGAUCGGCAGCGCGGGAGUCGAGGACCCGAACCAGCACCCGACCGAGCCGAGCCCCGGGCAAAGCCGAAGCCGAGCCGAGCCCCUCAGUGCGAGGCUAACGCAGCCACAAGCAGGGCAGAGGGAGCGUCGCGUCGUGCCUCCUGGAGGCGUGCGUGCAUCGAGCACAUCGUGUGCCGUGCGUGCGAGGCGGGGCGGGGCGUGCAGCGGGGCGUGCGUCAGUGCGAGCAGCGUCGUCGGCCUGGCGAGCAUCGCCGCGACGGCCCCCGUGCUGGGCACCAUGAGGGACUCGGGGAUCGGCGAUAAGAUGGCCGUGGGCGAACUCAAGUUCGAGGCCCCGCUCGCGCAGUUCGAGGAGGCCGAGGACUGGGGGUCCAUCGAGUUCAGCAAGACGGGGGGCGGCGGGGUCGGCGUGCUGGCCGACCUGCACGACGACGUCCGCAACUCCAACAGUCCCCUGCACCACAACCACCACAACAACCUCCUGAACGGCGGCACGCGCAGCCCCGAACACCUGCUCCUGCACCAGGUCGACGACAAUGUGAUCGACAACAGCACGAUUGUGGCGGUCGACAACCAGCAGGUGGACAACGCAGCGCAGUGUCGGCAGCAUGAUAACCACACGACCAACGCGACGACCCUUCUCAACGGCAUCAGCGUCAACGGGGACGGCGGCGAGGAUAACUUCCUGGCCGAGUCCUUCUCCGGUUCCCUGGAGGACCUGGUCAACACUUUCGACGACAAGAUCACCAAGUGCUUUUGCAACUUCGACGAAUCCGUGGAGAAGCUGGCCCCGGUGCAGGUGCGGACGCAAGAGGAGAUCAUGAACGAAUGCCAGUGA